CAUAGUCCUAAGUCCUCCCUUCAAACAUACACAAUAAAGCCAUUAUAAUUUCUCCUUUACAUAUACUUCUCCACUUCUCUUCUAUUUUCCACUAAAUUUAACAAUAAGAAACAACAUGCUAGGAAAAAAAAUGGUAUCAUUGAAGAAACUAGCCAAGAAAGUGAAGGUUAGUAGUGGAGCUGAUUCUAACACUAACCCUCAUUACCAUGAAUGUUUGCUAAAGGGAUAUGAAGAAGAAUCUUCCACAAACACAACACCAACUGGUUUUUUUGCACUUUAUGUUGGGGAAGAACACCAAAGAUAUGUUGUUCCAACUAGCUAUCUUUCUCACCCUUUAUUCAAGAUACUAUUGGAGAAAUCAUACAAUGAGUUUGGAUUUCAGCAGAGGAAUGGCUUGGUAGUUCCAUGUAGUGUUUCCACAUUUCAAGAGGUUGUAAAUGCUAUUGAAUGCAACAAUGGAAAGUUUGACUUAGGCAAGAUUUUUCAAGAUUUUGUUUGAAAGGCAUUGGAAUUAUAGGUUUGUUGUGAGGUUAUAUAUUCAAUGGAUGUUCUAGCUAGACUUAGAGAGGAUACAUGAUUCAUCUAGUGAAGAUAGAGACUACAUGUUUGCAGUAUGGUGCAGCAGCCAUAGAGAUCUAAACUUCAAGAAUUAAGAGAGAAAUAAAGAGGGUGAAAAGAGAUAUGUCGAGAAAUGGAGAUUGAGAUAGUCUAAAUCAUCGAUUUCGCUCAAUUUUCUCUUUCUUUGCAUAAUCUAAAAUCUCUACAGUUUUGUGUAUGAUGCAACAUUUGUAGGAACCAAUAAAUUAAAAAGAAAAUAUAUUUUUUAAUUUAAUGGUCUUCACGGUUGUUGCAUUAUACAUCUUAUAUCAUAUAUAGAUAUUUAAACACUUCUUUAGUCUCAAAGACACACUACAACAUAAAAUCUAAUUUUCUUCGGGAAUAUUGAAAUUCAAAUUAUCUAUAGGUGUUGUAUGGUAUAUCAAACUUUAAAACCAUUGAAUUUCAAUUUAAAACUAGAUCUAAAAGCUCUUUAAUCCACUAUAUUGUGCUGGUCGUAAAGGAUUCAAACUAUAAUUGUUAUAGUUUAAAUUUCUAUUGAAGCUAUUGCUACAAGCACUUUGUAAAUUAGAAUUAAUCUGACAUGUAAAUAAUUCCUUGUUUGAUAGUGAACUUUUCCAUAUAUUAGUA